AUGUGGUUGUCGAGAUUUCCGCUCACCGUCCUGGGGCUCGCUGCUCAAGUACCACUCGAGCAACCUGCUAACGUGUCCCAUUCCGCCAUGGUCUCCACGAACGAUUUCUCGUUCAAGGCGGACGCGGGCAUAUUCACGCCAAAGGAGCUAGUGGAAUUGACGCGACCUGGGACAGGCCUUGCUAAUGCUCCCGGUGACUUGGUGCUUGUACCGGUCAGCAAAUAUUCCCUAGAGGAGAAAAAGAACCACAAGUCGAUCUUCAUAGCACCAGUAGAGUCUUCUGUGCAGCCCCUCCAGGUGCCCCUGACCAACGGCGGCGAAGCGUUUUGGCUCGAUGCGCGCACGAUCGCCCACGCAGUUGAGGAGGGGGAAGACAAGGACAAGUCCACCAGCAUAUAUGCACUGUCUGUCAAGUUCGAAACAGAGUCCUCCAGUACCCUAAGCGUACCCGACUCCCCCGUCUUGAUCGGCAAGUUCCCCACGUCGACUGCCACGAACUUUAAGUACUCUGUCAAUGCAGGGACACUCGUCUUCUCGGACUUGGUUCACGCAGAUGGCGAUUUGACUGCGGUGAAGAAGAAUGAUGAGGCUUGGGAGAACCGCGGGGACACGGCAUUUGUGUACGACGACACCUACGAGAGGCACUGGGAUGCUUGGGUGGGCCCGAAGAGAUCUUCUCUCUUUGCAGUGAAGCUCUGGCAGUCUCCAGACAAGAAGUGGUCCCUUGGCCAAAACUUCAUCAACAUCCUCAAUGGCACCGACCAUUAUUGCCCAGUCGAGCCGUUCGGAGGAACUGACGACUUCGACGUCUCGGAGACGCAAGUUGUGUACACAGCGAAAGACCCUGCUCUACCUGCGGCCUGGCACACAAAGCAAAAUGUGUACAUCGUCGAUAUCAGCGGAGAGAAUAAGCCCACGGAAUUAACUUCUGGAGUGCACGGUGCUACACGCAGCCCAGUUUUCAGUGUGCAAGGUGAUAAAGCCGCCUGGCUUCAGCUCGACAAGGAUGGUGCGGAGGCUGACAGGGCAAAAAUUGUGAUUUACGAUCUCAAAAAGAAUAUCAAGUACACGCUGACCCAGCACUGGGACCGGUCGCCGGACUCUCUCGCUUUCUCGCCAGAUGGAAAAGCGCUCUAUUUCACUGCCGGUGACCUUGCCCGCAUCAAGAUAUUCGUUCUGCCCUUACCUUCUACCCCGGAGUCCUCCACCGCGGACCCUGAUUUCCCGCCGGAGUAUCAGAACCCUGUCGAGCUCACCUCCAGCGGUGCCGCCGCUGGGAUUCAGCCGCUCCCGAAUGGCCGCCUCGUCUUCACGCGUUCUUCGCUCACCACGCCGAACGAUGUGUAUGUGCUGCGCGGCCUGGACAGCCUCAGCAAGCCGCAGGUCGAUCAGCUGACACGCUUCUCCGCGGACGCGCUGGAGGGAAAGAGCCUGGACGCGGGCGAGGACUUCUGGUUCGAAGGUGCGGAGGGCAACCAAGUGCAGGGCUGGAUCGUUAAGCCGCCGGGCUUCAAGAAGGGCGAGGUGAAGAAAUGGCCCGUGGUGAUGCUUAUCCAUGGCGGUCCUCAGGGCGCAUGGGAAGAUCAGUGGUCGACAAGGUGGAACCCGAAUAUAUUCGCCCAACAGGGCUAUGUGACGAUUGCUAUGAACCCUACGGGCUCGACAACAUUUGGUCAGGAUUUCACGGACGCCAUUUCGGAGAACUGGGGAGGUAGACCCUUCGAAGACAUGCAGAAGGGUUGGAAGCAUGUCCUCAAAACAUACCCCGAGAUCGACCCCGACCGUGCAGUUGCUGCGGGUGCGAGCUGGGGCGGUUACGCUAUCAACUGGAUCCAAGGGCAUCCUGAGUUUGGCUUCGGCUUUAAGGCACUAGUUUGUCAUGAUGGGGUCUUCUCUGCUAUGUACAGCGGAUAUGCGACGGACGAGUUGUUCUUCUUCAACCAGGAAUGGGGUGGCCGCCCUUGGGAGUCCAAGGCGAAGGCAGUUCUGGAGAAAUAUGACCCCACAAACUUUGUCCACAAGUGGUCUACCCCCAUGUUGGUGAUCCAUGGUAGCAAAGACUAUCGUCUGCCAGAGACAGACGGCAUCGGUGCCUUCCAUGCGCUGCAGGAGCGCGGCAUUCCGAGUCGCCUUGUCAUAUUCCCUGACGAGAACCAUUGGGUUAUGAACCACCAGAACAGUAUCAAAUGGCACUACGAAGUCUUCCGAUGGUUCAAUAAGCACUUGAAUGAAAAAGAGUAGUUCUCUUCAUGUAACAACCUUGUAGCUAAAUCAGAAUGUGUGACUUGAAGUUCAAGUCGGUUCGAUGCA